CCUCAAGUCCCGCCCCCCGCCGAUGCCAUGGCAACGCACCUGGUGACUGAGGUGCCUUAGGUUCCCAGGGCUGCUGAGAGCUGCGCGGCUUCAUGGCCCUGGCUCCCCUCAAGCUGCUGGUGCUACCCUGGUUCCUCCUGGCGGGGAGCGCCAGGGCCCAGACUCAGCCCUCGCCUCCCGGGGGAGCUCUCACCUCGGCGGGAAUAGAGCCCCCGGGAGGGACUCCCGGCGCCUCGCCGUCCCGGGAGCCGGAGACCCCCUCCUCUCCCCCGGCCACGCCUCCGGAGGUUCUCCUCGAGGAGGGGUCCCCGGUGCAGCCGCUCAUAACCGUGACCCCGGAGCCCUUCCCUGGCGAAGAGCAGGCCCCCUGGGAAGAGAUUCUAAGCGGGCGCCUCCUCUGGUCUUCGACCGUCCUUGCCAAGAUCUGUACGUGCGACUUGACGCCAGACUCCUGCGAUCUAAACUGCUGCUGCGACAAGCAGUGCCCCGUGCGCGAUCCCAAGGCUCUGUUCGCCUUCUGUCUCCCGGGGAGCUACAGGGUAAUAAAUUGGGAAUGUAUAGAUGCUUCCAUUGUUUUCCGAAGUAAUACCCCAUUUCGUGUAAUAACUUUGGUACCACCACAUGGAGGGCUACAAUUUUGUGUCCAGGUGAACAACCCAAUGUCGAACUAUUUCCAGCAUCUUCAAAAGGUUAAUAGGACCAACAUACAAUCCUUGGUAAUAGAGUAUGGAGGUACAUCAUUCCUCUCGGUACCUCAGUUGAUGCCGACUUUUUCUUCUUUUUACAUGGCUGGAGAUCCCAUUCUGAUUUACUCUCCCAAGUGGUCAUUACUGAGUUAUUUCAAACAGCCAGCAGGAGUAGGACCUAGAGAACUUUGCACCAAGAAUAAUGCUGCAAGAUUCCUGGAAAGUGGAAGUACCACCUGCACCUGGUUCUUUAGCAAUCUAACAAGUAGCUGCACCACAGAUCCCUUACUCAGAGUCACCUCUUACCAUGACUUCACAGUCUUGAAGGUUCCAAAAGGUGUGACAGAUCUGGAGAACAUGCAGGUGCCCAUAACACUUACUUCAGAGCCCAUUUCACCUCAGCUAGAUGGAAACACUUGUCUUAAUGUUGUUUCCCAGGUUAUCUAUGAGAUAGAGACUGAUGGGAUUCUUGGAAUCCAGAAAGUCUCUCUGUCUUUCACCUUGACGAACCUGUCUGGGGAUCCUGGAGCUUCUAUACAGCAACACUUCACUAUAAAUUUCCAUGCUUUUCAGCGUAGAAGAGCUGCUCUUCCUUUGGCUAGAAGUGGGAAUCCUGGCUAUAUUUUUGGAAUGCCCCUCCUAGUUUUAAAAGAUGAUACCAGUGAUGCAAUGACUAUCUCACAGAGCCACAGUGAUGGAAGUUGCUCUGUGAAUAGACGAAAAGUAGAAUUUGGGGUGAACGUGAUGACUGGUUGCAAGUUGAGGAUAGAGAACAGAAACUGUGACCAUUUGCAGGAUGAGAUCUAUAAGACUCUUAGUGGAACAUCCAGUCCAGUAUACCUAGGCAUCGUGGGUAAUUCGGAGCCCUCCCACAGAGGACAUUGGGUCAAGGUCUUCACCAAGAAUUGCAGUGCUCUGGCUAAAAAUUGUACCUCUUGUUGUUGCAUACCAUUUUCCUUGGAGAUCCAGAUAUUGUGGAGUUAUGUUGGCCUCCAGUCCAACCCACAAGCUCAUGUGUUGGGAGGCCGGUACCUGUAUCAGUGCAACUUUAUAACGUUACCCUCAUCUGUGGUAGAAGUAUCUCUGACAACUUUUGUGUCCUUCACUGACAUCACAAAGAAGCCAAAGUUUACAGAGAGCCUGCUAGAAAAAAACUGGAUAUUGCCAUUCACCUCUUUUUUUCAGGGGGAAUCAAGUGGAAAAAUGGCAUCUCUGAGAAGCUUGAGCACUCCUGUUGUCUUUUGUGUGUGUUAUUACCUGGCCUUCUCAGCUUAGAGAUGAGCUGAAGAAAGGAGGAGCAUCAGAUUUUAUUCUUCCCAAUGAGGGCUGUAAGAUGGCCUUCCUGCUUAUGAUUCCUGUCCAUCAUUAUGACCAAGGAAAAAUGUUUCCUUCAAUUAUGGGACAGGAGGGAAGGAGUCUUUGGGUAUGGUGGUGUUUCAGAAGAGAGAGAACAAAAAUGCCCUCAUCUGAAUUAUUUGUAGUAAAUCUCUAGAAGAGUGGCAGCAAGGCAUAGUGCAUGGCUAGAUUGGGAGUCUGAAAGGACUUUUACCUCUCACCACACAUCGGCCCUGUGAUCUCAGGCAGCUCUUGUGUCCUUCCUCCGCCCUUGAUAGCAUUCUGCAGGUGUGAGCUGCGCAACGGCUGCUGAUCUUCAUUGAUAUUGGAAUUUUCCUACACCAAUGAAAACUCAGGUCUGGACCAGGAAAACACAACUUAGCAUAGACUUAAGCAGAGAGGAGUUAACUCUCCUUCUGAAGGAGAAAGUAAGCUUCUGUGUACCCAAAGCCAUAUUCGAAUCAUCUGUUGCAGGAAUAAGGACAAGUUAAAGUGUAACUGUCAUGCAAUACAAAAGGACUCAGUGUUCUGAACAAAGAAGUAUUGACACCCCAUCUUGGCUCCAUUCUGGGCUACACUUUCUUGCUAAUACAAAAAUGGAAAAGCAGCUCUCUUUCUCUUUCCACAGUGCCUCGGGAGCACACUCUCAGUUCACUUUUUCAGCAGUUAAGAGCUGUAUUGUUUGUCCACCUCUUCCUUUCCCCCAGGGUCAGGGAGUACAGAAUUGAUUUACUGUUUGGUGUUGCACUAAUUCCCAGGGAAAUACUCCUGAAUUUAAGUUUGAAUCCUGCAUCUACUCCUUAUUAAUUAAUUAUCUUGGUUAUCUUGGACAAGUCACUUAACCUAUCUAAGCUGUAGUUUCCAUAUCUUUAAAAUGAGAAAGACUGAAAUAGGUGACUUCUCAUGCCCUCCCUCUAAAAUCUAUGUUCUUUUGAUUUCUAAGUUGGUCUCAUCCUCUCAAAUGGAAAGUGCCCUGGGAUCUGUACUUGGUUCUUUGCCAUUUAACAUUUUUUGUCAAUUACUUGGAUAAAGUUAUAGAUGGAAUGGUUACCAAAUGUUCAGUUUGCAUAAAUCUUGGAAAAAAACGAACAUACCAGAUGAUUGAGUCAGGAUCCAAGAAGAUCUCGACAGCCUAAAACAUUGGGCCACAUCUAAUAAAAUGAAAUUUCAUAGGGCUAAAUUAAAAUUUUACCUGAGUCAAAAAAAACCAACACAACCCCAGCCCCACAACUAGCUUUAUAAGAUGUGGGAGACAUUACUAGAGAGCAAUGUAUUUAUAAUUUAAAAAAAAGGAUCCAGCAAGAGAAAUUUCAUUUAAAAUAGCUAAAAAAUGCAUAAAAUAUCUAGGAAUUAACCAACAAGACAAAAGUAAUAUGUAUAGAAAUGAAACUCAGUAUGAGUCAAUGGUGUACGUAAUAUGGCAGCUUCUCCUACCCCCCCCCUGCAAAAAAAACCCCAAUACAGCUAAUACCAUCUUAGGCUUCCUUAAGAGAGUCAUGGCUUCCAGAAAUAAGUGUAUGUGGAAAUGCCCUUUUUUGGCACUUAAAUUUAGAAUAAACCCAUUACUUUUUAAACUA